UGUCGACACUACACAUCUAGGCAGUUCAUUUCCUUGUUGGGUACACUACUAAGAAAGAUGUUUUGCUAAAGGGAAGUCUGCUCAAAGCAACACUGUAUAAUUCCUCGGUAGUUGCUUUAAGUGCAUAGCAUUAUCUGUCUGGAAACAUACUGUACUUUUGUUUACAAAAGAAAAAAAGAAAGAAAGAUUGCAAUGCUCUUAUUCAGAAUUGGCCUGUUCAUGCAUUCCAGAUAUGAAAUUCUUUUCCCAGCACUCUUAUUACAGGUUGUUGGUUUACUUCCUGAUCAUUCCAGAUGAUUCCUGACGCAUUUGAUACACGAUUCUCUUGUUGGAUGCAUAAUGUCUUGUUGCCAGAUUUGAUAGGCGCAAUCUUGUGAAGCAUCAGAGGACAGUUUGCAUCAAUAAAGUUGUUUCACAAUGGCCUAUGAUGGAGAUGAGGAACAGAGCCAAGAUUAUCUUUUCAAGAUUGUUCUACUUGGUGACUCUUCUGUCGGCAAAUCAAAUUUGCUGGCAAGAUUCGCAAGAAACGAGUUCUAUCCAAACUCUAAAUCUACUAUUGGAGUGGAGUUCCAGACACAGAAGUUGGUAAUUGAUGGCAAGGAAAUUAAAGCUCAGAUAUGGGAUACUGCUGGACAAGAGCGCUUCAGAGCAGUCACAUCUGCCUACUACAGAGGAGCUGUUGGAGCUCUACUGGUUUAUGAUAUUAGCAGGCGUCAGACUUUUGAUAGUGUUGGUCGAUGGCUGAAUGAACUGCACACUCAUUCUGAUAUGAAUGUCGUCACAAUUCUUGUCGGCAACAAGACUGAUCUCAAGCAUGCACGUGAGGUGAGCACUGCGGAAGGCAAAGCUCUGGCCGAGGCCCAGGGCCUCUUCUUCAUGGAGACCUCAGCCUUGGACUCAUCAAAUGUCACAGAAGCUUUUCAAACUGUAGUCAAGGAGAUAUACAGUAUAUUAAGCAGGAAGGUAUUCCAAUCUCAAGAGCAGAAGAGAAGCGAGCAGUCAUUGAGCAAUGGGAAACCUGUGAUGCUGCAGAGCGACUCCAACGGACCAACCAGCGGUGGAAGGUGGUGUUGUUCUUCAUAGAGCCUGACCUGACGACAGAGCCCCUGUGGAAUGCCAUAGGAUUGGGAGACACAUCUGUCCAUGUACUGCUGCAUUAGUGGAAAAAAAAAAAACAGAGUGGUUGCCCCACCUUCUCUAGAGGUAAGCUGGCUGAGGUUGGUUGUAUGAAAAAGGCGUGUGUGCUUUCCAUCAGAGGAAAAAUCUCAAUGUAUAGUUCGAUUGAUCCCCUUUCUGAGGUAUUGGGUAUACGUGAUUUUGUAAAGGAAAAGUGUGACCAACUGACUGUUGUGUCAUUCUCUACAUCAUUCUAGCCUUAGAUAUCUGCA